AUGAAGAGCUUUUCUGGAAACAAUGAAGCAGGGUGCAAUGGCUUCAAGCUGGAGACAAAAACACGGCCUACUUCCAUGCGAUUACGAGAGGUAGGAGAUCCAUCAAUGCCUUCUCUGUUAUCGAAAAUGAACAAGGAGAAGAGUUCCAUGCCGAGGAACACAUUACUGCGGUUUUUGCUAGCUACUAUUGAUCCAUCUUUACCUCUAAUGGUAAUCAGGACUUUCAAGUGGUUGAAGAAACCCUGCACUCAUGAUGUUUGCCGAGAUAUUCGGAGUUUCUUUGUUACAAACUACUUGAAUCCACGUCAAAAUGAAACACAUGUUAGACUAAUUCCUAAGGUAACAACACCCAGAAGAGUCAGUGAUUACAGACCUAUUGUGCUUUGUACCACUCAUUACAAAACCAUUGCUAAGAUCCUCACCAAGCGGUUACAGCCCAUAUUACCUCAACUCAUUUCACCCUUCCAAUCCGCCUUUGUUCCAAAUCGAGCCAUCUCAGAUAAUGUCCUCAUCACGCAUGAGAUCCUCCAUUUACUCCAGACAUCAGAGGCCAAGAAGUAUUGCUCAAUGGCGGUUAAAAUGGACAUGAGCAAAGCCUAUGACCGCAUCGAAUGGGGUUUUUUCAAAGCAGUCUUGAAGAAACUUUGUUUCAAUGAUAAACUUGUAUCUUGGAUUCUCACUUGUGUUACCUCAGUCUCCUAUUCUUUCCUCAUCAAUGGAACACCACAAGGAUCAGUCAUUCCCACCCGUGGUCUUCGUCAAGGAGACCCCCUCUCCUCAUACCUCUUCAUCCUGUGUACUGAGAUGAUACUAUGUUCUUUUUGCAAAUCAAACGAUGUGUGCUGCAAAAACUUACUAAAGAUCCUGAAUACCUAUGAGAAAGCUUCAGGGCAGUGCAUCAACCUUAACAAGUCUACACUAACCUUCUCCUCAAAGACGCCAGCUUACAUUAAAGUCCGCGUUAGAUCUACUCUGAAUAUCUCACAAGAGGGUGGGCUCGGCGACUAUCUUGGUCUCCCAGAGAACUUUGGUCACAAGAAAAGGGAUAUUUUUGCGUCCAAUGUUGAUAAAAUCCGACAAAGAGCACACAGUUGGUCCUCUCGUUGCCUCUCGGGAGCAGGAAAACAAGUACACCUCCAAACAGUUCUCACUGCUCUCCCUGUGUACUCCAUGUCCUGCUUCAAACUCCCUGUUUCGCUCUGCAAACAAAUUCAGUCCGUCUUCACCCGCUUCUGGUGGGACGAUAAGGCCGAUAAGAGAAAAAUGUGUUGGGUCGCAUGGGACUCUCUCACACAGCCCAAAUAUGCUGGUGGGUUAGGCUUUCGGGACGUAGAACAGUUCAAUGAUGCCUUACUUGCCAAAAUAGGAUGGAGAUUACUCAAUGAACCAAACUCGUUGUUGGCUAAAGUGCUCUUAAAUAAAUAUUGCAACUCAUCUACAUUUCUGACAUGUUCCUCUUCCCCACGAGUAGCUUCCCACGGCUGGCGUCGUAUCCUCGUAGGUAGAGACCUUUUGACCAAGGGUUUAGGAUGGGCAGUGGGAGAUGGUGCUACUAUCAAUGUUUGGAAUGAUCCAUGGCUGUCUCUUUCCCAACCUAAACGCCCUUUUGGUCCCCCAACUGAAGCAACUGCAGAACUUAAGUUUCCCCAACAGCCAACUACUGACAGUUUUAACUGGAAUAAAGUUAUAUGGAAUGCAAGGCUGCCUCCCAAACUAAGGAAGUUCCUAUGGAAACUUGUAGUUGGUGCACUUGCAGUCGGCCCUAAUCUAGCAAAAAGAGGUCUUUCUGAAACUGCAAGGUGUAAGAGAUGUGGUGCUUUCGAGGACGAACUGCAUGUGUUUUUGCACUGCAGUUUUGCAGGAGAUGUUUGGAACUUAGCACCUUUCACAUCCCAGCUAAACCCUCUCCCUCUCUCGACCCCCCAACUCCUAUUGCAAAAGCUAGCUCUACUCAUUUCCCUUCCUCCGUCGGGUGUGACUCUGACUCCACUAGCCCCAUGGAUUUUGUGGAACCUCUGGAAAGCUCGGAACCUCAACCUCUCCGAAGGACACCUUUUCUCUGCAAAUGAGGUGAUUCUGAAGGCAAUUGUUGAUGCAAAACAGUGGCAGAACGUCCAACUUGAAGUCCCUCCGCAACAAUCCUACCUUCCCCCCCCUGUGAUUCCAUCACCCACAACCGAUGCUCAUGUUUGCUUUGUUGAUGCAGCUUGGUAUCCAAUUACAGGCAAUAGUGGGGCAGGAUGGAUUAUCGAGGAUGCAUCUGGCUUAACCAUCUCAUAG